AUGAGCAGCGAGGCCAAGACCCAGCAGCCACCCGCUGCCCCCCCCGCCCCCGCCCUCAGCACCACCAACACUAAGCCCAGCAUCACCAGCAGAGAAGGAGGGAGUGGCAGUCCUGGCGGCCUCACUUCGGCAGCUCCCGCUGGCGGGGACAAGAAGGUCAUCGCAACGAAGGUUUUGGGAACGGUAAAAUGGUUCAAUGUAAGAAACUGUUAUGGUUUCAUGAACAGGAAUGACACCAAGGAAGAUGUAUUUGUACACCAGACUGCCAUAAAGAAGAAUAACCCCAGGAAGUACCUUCGCAGUGUAGGAGAUGGAGAGACUGUGGAGUUUGAUAUUGUUGAAGGAGAAAAGGGUGCGGAGGCAGGUAAUGUUACAGGCCCUGGUGGCGUUCCAGUGCAAGGCAGUAAAUAUGCAGCUGACCGUAACCAUUACAGAUGUUAUCCACGUCGCAGGGGUCCUCCAUGGAACUACCAGCAGAAUUACCAGAAUAGUGAGAGUGGGGAAAAGAAAGAGGGAUCAGAGAGUGCUCCAGAAGGCCAGCCUCAACAACGCCGUCCCUACCGCAGGCGGCGGUUCCCAAGUUACUAUAUGCGGAGACCCUAUGGGCGUCGACCACAGUAUUCCAACCCUCCUGUGCAGGGAGAAGUGAUGGAGGGUUCUGACAACCAGGGUGCAGGAGAACAAGGUAGACUAUGGAGACAGAAUAUAUAUCAGGGUUAUAGACCACGAUUCCGCAGGGGCCCUCCUCAUCAAAGAUAGCCUAGAGAGGAAGAUAAUGAAGAAGACAAAGUGAACCAAGGAGAUGAGACCCAGGGUCAGCAGCCACCUCAAAGUUGGUACCGCCGUAAGUUCAAUUACCAACUCAGACGCCCAGAGAACCCUAAACCACAAAGUGGCAAAGAGACAAAAGCAGCUGAACCACCAGCUGAGAAUAUGUCUGCUCCCAAGGCUGAGCAGGGCGGGGCUGAGUAAAUGCCGGCUUACCAUCUCUAACAUCAUCCGGUUUAGUCAUCAUACAAGAAGAAAGAAUAUGAAAUUCCAGCAAUAAUAAGAAAUGAACAAAAGAUUUGGAACGGAAGACCUAAGUGCUUGCUUUUUGCUGUUGACCAGAUAACUAGAACUCUCUGCAUUAUCUAUGCAGUGUGGGUUUUUUAUUAUUUUUACCUAAAGAUGUCUCUUUUUGGGAAUGACAAACAUGUUUUUUAAAAUGCCUGGUUUUCUCAAUACACCUUUAAAGGUUUUUAAAUUGUUUCAUAUCUGGUCAAGUUGAGAUUUUUAAGAACCUCAUUUUUAAUUUGUAUAAAAGUAUACCUGAUUUUUUCAAAAAUCUACAAAUUGCAAGCACCUGUUAAUAAAGGUCUUUAAAUAAU